CAAGAAGCAAUGGCGUAGCCUUUAAAUCCCACCCUCCCCGCUCACCACCAACGGUUGGGUGGGCGAAAACCUAAAACCAAAUCAAAGCGAAUCCAUGGCGGAGUCGUCCCUCGUCCUCCCCCUCUCCCUUCUACUCCCUCCUCAAAACCCUAAAUCUCCUCCCCGAUCCCCUCCUCUUCGCCGCCGCAACCUCCGCCCCCUCACCCCCAAACCCCUCCUCUCCGACGUUCGCCGCGAUCUCACCUCCCCCUCCUCCCCCUCCACCUCCGCCGCCUCCGCCGCCGCCGCCGCGUCCACGCGCCGCCGCAUCCUCACGUACUACGCGCGCCUCGCCUCCAAGCUCGCCCGGAGCGGGCGGCUCCGCGACUUCUUGAUGGUCGCCGAGAGCAUCCUCACCUCCGACGCCGCCGCCGAUGACGAUUCCCCGCAGUUCGUGGCGCGCCUCGGCGUUAGGAUGGUCUCCGAGGGGGUCUCGUCGCUCCUCUGGAGGGGGAGGCUCCAGGAGGUUCUCGAUUUCGUCCGAGAGGCGGAGCGGAUCGGGAUCUCCUCUCCGUUGCUCUUCGACGCGACCGCUAUGGACGAUCUCGCGACGGAGUGCCGCCGCCUCUUGGAUCAAGAUCGGUUGGAGGAAUUUGUUGUGUUAAUGGAAACCCUCGCAGGUUAUCGCUUUUUCGUUAAAGAUAUUAUCGAUCCAGUUGACAUAUUGAAGAAACUUGUCAAGAAGCGUGAUCUAGAUUUGGCUGUAAGGUACGCGAGGGUUUUCCCACACUCCCAACUUUUAUUGUGCUUUAUCAUACAGGAAUUCGGAAAUAAACGUGACUUGACAUCUGCUAUUAGAGCUUUUGAAGUGCUUAAGCAACAGUCAGGCGGUAUCAACAUGUUUGCUUGCCGAAGUAUUAUUGAUAUUUGUGGUCAUUGCGGUGAUUUUUUGCGAUCUAGGAUUAUAUUGGAGGAGCUGCUUGCUGAGAAGAUUGUUCCCAAUGUAUAUGUUUUUAACAGCCUUAUGAAUGUGAAUGCCCAUGACUUGAGUUACACCUUGCAAGCCUACAAGAAUAUGCAAAAUCUCGGUGUCGCUGCAGACCUGACUUCGUAUAAUAUACUCCUGAAGGCAUGCUGUAAUGCCAGAAGGGUUGAUUUGGCCCAGAACAUUUACAGGGAUAUGAAGCAUUUGGCACUGAAUGGAGCUCUUAAAUUAAAUGUUUACACCUACAGUACAAUGAUUAAGGUGUUUGCAGAUGCAAAAAUGUGGCAGAUGGCUUUGAGCAUUAAAGAUGACAUGCUUAUUUCUGAUGUUAGUCCUAAUAUGAUUACUUGGUCAUCCUUGAUCAGCGCUUGUGCUAAAUCUGGCCUGGUAGACAAAGCCAUUCAGGUGUUUGAAGAAAUGUUAAUCAAUGGAUGUGAACCUAACGCUCAGUGUUGCAACAUUAUCCUCUGUGCUUGUGUUGAAUCAUGUCAGUAUGACAAAGCUUUUCGUUUGUUCUAUUCUUGGAAAGAUACUGGUUUCAAGAUUUUCUGUACUUCCAAAGCCAAAAGAUCACCUUUAUACAGUGGAAGCGAACCAACAUAUACGGUGGUUCCUUUUAAACCAACAAUUGCUACUUUCAACAUAUUGAUGAAGGCUUGUGGUACUGAUUUCUACCGUGCAAAAGCUUUAAUACAUGAAAUGAAAAUAGUUGGUCUAAAUCCUAACCACAUUAGCUGGUCUGUUCUGAUUGAUAUUUAUGGAACAGCUCAAAAUUUUCAAGGUGCUAUACAGGCGUUCAGAAGGAUGCAAGACAUUGGAAUUACGCCCGAUGUUGUUGCAUAUACAACUGCAAUCAAGGCUUGUGUUGAAAAUAAAAAAUUAAAGAUGGCAUUUUCUUUGUUCGAAGAGAUGAAAAAGUUCCAAUUACAGCCCAAUUGGGUGACAUACAAUACUCUUCUGAGAGCACGUAGCAGAUAUGGAUCAUUAUAUGAAGUUCAGCAGUGUCUGGCGGUUUAUCAAGAUAUGCGGAAAGCAGGGUACAGUUCAAAUGAUUAUUAUCUGAAGGAACUAAUAGAAGAGUGGUGCGAAGGAGUAUUGUGUAGUAAGAAUCAAAAUCAAGAGUUGGUAAGCGACGGCAGUUCCGUGAUGAAGGGUGAAUCAAGGAAGCUUUAUGAUUUAUUUCUUGAAAAAGUAGCUGCACAUUUGCAAAAAGAUAUUGGUGAAAACCAAAUUAUUGAUAUCCGUGGGCUUACUAAGGUUGAAGCUCGGAUUAUUGUUCUUUCAGUUUUGCGGAUGAUAAAAGAGAGCUAUUUGCUAGGUAACACAAUCCAAGAAGAAGAUAUGAUCAUCAUCACAGGGGUUGGGAAAGAAGCAAAAGGGGCCGCCUCACAUCCACUUGAAGUACAACAAACACUUGUCGGCGUUCUAAAGAAUGAAUUGGGCCUCGAUGUUAUGACUGGACAUAGAGCUCUAUGCAGUGGUCGUGCACCGCCUCAUUCUGAUAGUGCUUUAAGAAGCCCAACUGUUCUCGAAAUGACUGAGGUGGUAGAGGAUUAUACACAUUUGGCGAGGAGACCACGAGAUUUGGGAGUGUUAAAGGUCACUAGAGACUCGCUACAGCAGUGGUUGCAGAAAAAAAGUUCUCAAGGUAUAUAGUUCGCUAAUUAUGAUUUUCUUUUUUGUAUGGUUUAUCUUUUUCAUUCUUCUGGACCAAAUGUGGUAAGAUAUAUGGGUUUGGCUCCGUGAUUGAAUAAUCGGAGUCACUCCGGAGUACCGAGUGGCCAAAAAAGCGGGUUUUAGCAUGGUAUUU